AGGCUCCUGACCCCUGGUCUCCCUCCGCUGGCAGGCUCUGAGCAAGGCCUGCCCAGAGAACAUGGAUGACGAGCUCUCGAUCCUGCUGACAGCACCCCCCAGCACAGACAAACUCCAGCACAUCUUGGAGGGUGGGAAACCGAGACACAGUUGGGACCUGUCUACACUACAGGUCUGUCGUGCGUUUGUAAUCUGCUGACCCCCACAUGUUGUUCAGAGCCUAUGGACAACACAGCUCCUAAAGCCAGUCGAUCGCCCAGUGCUAUCCCCCUGCCUGCUGGCUGGGCAGGGUAACUCCUCAGGUCACCACCACCCUCUCCAGCCUGCCUUGGCUUUGGGGAGUGAGGAGGAGGGCGAGGGACGAUACUGAACAUCCUCCAUCCAUCGCUCCGUCAGCAGAGCAAGUGAGUGGCAUUAGGGUUCCCCGUUGGCGUCCCCUGUCUGUCUGGGGAGAGGCAGAAAGAGGGGGAAAGAAUCUCUCCCAAAGGAGAUUGGAUUUGCAAACCGCCCCCAGGAGCCCCUCGCUCUCAGACCGGGGAGGGGCUUCUCCAGAGCCGUCUCCAGUGUGUUUGGAAAGGUCCCAGCAAUGGGGCUCCCAACCCUUCCCUUGUGGGAGACCGUUCCCCAGGCUGAGCGUCUCUGAGCUGGGCCAGACCCUGUGAGCUGCUGAGCAUGGAAAUCAAUGGGAAAGGCAGGGGUCCUGGCCUUGCUCUGCCUCGGGACUUUGACGUGGGGAAUGGUUUCCCAGGAGAAGUCCGGACUCCUGGGUUCUGUUCCUUCUCUAGCCUGGGGGGGAGUGUGGCCUGGGACGGCAGGAGGGAGCUGCUUGUCCAAAGUGACUGAACCCAGUGAUGGAAAAGGAGGAGACUCCCCGGGCAUUGCAGCCCCAGGGGUGACGAGGGGGAACGCUGGGAGCAGAUCAUGCAAUGAACUCCUGCCAGUGCGUGUAGAUUGCAUUACAUGCACCCCUGUGGGGGAGGAGGAGCUGCUCUGGCUGGGGCAGGGAUGGGGAGGGACCAAACAGGCUGGUUAGUGAGAGGCUGCCUUGACCCCAGACUCACGCCCGCUCCCCGCUCGGUUCCAGGAUGGCCAGGCUCCUGAGGAUGUUCAGGAAGAAGGCUCUGCAGGUGGCCCCAGAGCCUGAGGGAAGCAGCUGCCAUCUUCCCCAGGAGCAGAGCGGCUCCUCCGUCCCCACUGGCGGGGAAGGAGCUCCCGGCCAGGCCAGGAGGUGGAAGUGCCCAGCCUUCUGGCGGAGAAAACCCGCUCCCAGCGCAGGCGCCGAGGUGGGAGAGGCCAGGUCGAAAUGGAGCUGGGCCAGGCUGCGGCUGGGCAGGCAGGACCCAGCGCAGGAGGGGAGCCGGGCAGGGUGACUCUGGGGCAUGUUGUGUGGGCAGCAGCGGCCCCAGGAGCCCAGCCCUGAUUCCCAGCAGGAGGCAUCGCCCUGCCCGGUCACUGAGGACCUUCCAGCCUCCCCAGGGCAGGAGGUGGAGGAUCCCUGUCCCACCACCAGCAGCUCGGCCCGCUCCCCAUGGGACAGCAGCAGUGCCUGGGACUCGGGCAGCAGCGAGGCCGAUGGGCGCCGCAGCUUUGUUCCAGGGACUGCCAGGGACUCAGGGGACGAGGAGGAGGAAUGGGUGGACGUGGCCACAGAGGAGGCUGCUCUCAAUAACAGCCGAGAGCAGCUCCAAGGCGGAGAAAAGGAGCUCAUUGAGGAGCUGCCUGAUAACUCUCCACCCGGCGCCGUCCUCGCUAACUCCCUGAUUGCUGUGGGCAACCUCAGCACCAUGACACCUGCCCUGGAGCCAGAGCUGGAGACCCACCUCCUCCGAGCUGCCCUGCACGCCGUCUUCACCCUGGGCAUGGAGAAGGACACCACCCAAGUGCAGGAUCUGCCUAGGGUCUUGCCAGACCUCCUGGACGCCAUGCUGGGGAACCUGCUGGCAGAGUCCCCAGACACCGACAGGCUCCAGUACAUCUUGGAGCACAUUAACUACUGGAUCGUGUCCAGGGUGCCGCGAGAGAGAGCCAGGGCCGUUAAGAGCAGCACGGCCCUGCUCAGAUUCACCAUCACCCUCCCUGAGUUUGACAACUCAGCGGAAUUCCCCAGGAUGGGUCACCACAUGGCACAGCUGGCUCUGUCCGUCAGUGACCCAGCCAAGGACAUCAGCCGGCAGGCCAGGGAGGGGGUUUACCGGCUCUACCAGCUGCUGCUGCACCAGAGGGGUAAGGAACCCAGCUGGGAAAUGGCACCCGCUAGAAGAGUGAGACUGGGACCCCAGCCAAUUUCUCUCAGACUGACCCCGGCUGGAGGAUGAGUCUCUCUAUCUCUUUCUGUGUUCCACACCACGCCCUGCAAUUCUGUUGGGCCGGGCACGCAGCGAGGACUCUGCCCACUGUGCAGCCACCAAUGGGAUUGGAAGGACACAAGCCCUGCAACCAGAAGGACAAAUGUGUGUGUGUCUCUCUCCCUGUCACCUACUCCCUCCUGGGGGAAACCCAGCAGCUGAUGGGGGACAAGGUGAGCAGCUGCAUUAGACUCAGGAGAUUGGGGCGGGGCCCAGGCCUCAUUCCCAUCCUGUGGCCAUUCGCUGGCCUGGCACAAGGAGCCUGGUGGGGAAUGAAAGGGAGAGCAGGUGCUCCUGGGAAGGGAGAUGAAUUCACCUCCAUGAGCAGGAGCGAGCCAGCUUGUCCCCGGAGCAGCUCCACCCAGCUCUUUAGCCAGGCUAAUUAAUGACAAGCUUUGCCUCAUCCCAGACUUAUGUUCUUAGGACAGGGUGCUAUCGCUCUUGGGAAGGGCAGGAGAGUCCCCCAAGUGCCCUCUGCGAGACUCUCCUGUCCCACAGGGCCGCACCCAAUUCCUAGUGGUCUGGUGUCUGUGUCACCCGAGCCACCACCCAGAGUUGCUCCCAUCACUGGCAGCCUGGGAGGCCAAGGACUGACGGGUGAUGGCGUCUGACCAGGCAGGGCUGAGGCACAUGGGCAGGGGACGCUUGUCCUGCUGCUGGCAAGGCUGGACCCGUUCUGGAGAGAACAGGAGGAUUCAGUCAGCAGUAGGGUUACCAUGUCUAAUAAAUAAAAAAAGAGGACCCUCCACGGGCCCUGGCCCCGCCCAUUUCCCCACCCCUAG